AUGGAUUCUCAAUUGAGGGAAGAUGGCCAUGCUACAGGCAAUUCUCAAGGAAACCGCAGUCGUAUCGGAUCCUUGGAUGUCGAAUUGAAUGGCAGUGAAGAUACACAGCAAGAAGAAAUUGCGAGGACCGCAAGUGAUGCUUUGCGUCGACAUGAAUUGGUUCACAAGAAAGCAAAACGAAGUCUGCUGGGAAGAGGAGCUAGAGCUUGUUCGGCUUGUGCAAUGGCGAGAAGAAGAUGCAGUGGUGGAAAUCCAUGCGAAGCAUGCGCGAAAAGAUCAAUUGAGUGUACUUUUCCCUCGUCUUCUGGUGCUAUGGUCAACGAAAAACGUCGAGAAUCCAAUGGGAUAUACGAGAAAGUGUCAAAUGAAAGGGUUUGGGUUGAAAAUGGUCGAACUGGGGAAGGAAUCACGAGUCCGCAAUCUCCAAUUUCGUGGUCACAUGUUGAUUCACCGCUCAAUACGCAAAUGAACCCGAGAUCUUCGAUUAGUCAUUACCGUUCAGAGUUUGGCUUGGAGAAUCUGGAUGUUACUGGUCAACAGAUGAAUAUCCAAAUUAUGAAUUCUGGGGUUCACCAACCAUUCAGCCAAUUUUCUCCGUCAAACCAUCCAACAGAAAAUCAAAUGUCAGAAGAUGCUCGCGCAAACUUGACCACAUCUCCUAACCAUCAAUCAACUUCACCUUCAAUGUUACCCCUUCAUUCAAUUAUGGAUCUUGAUGGAGCUGCCAACUCGUUGUUGAUUGGAACGAGCCAGGCUUCACAUCAGCUACAUAUUCAGGAUACAGGUCUUGCUGAAGGUUUGCCAGAAAGUGCUGGUUCUUGGGCUCAAUAUAAUGCAUCCUCCAUCAACUGGCUACCUUACGAUUGGGCUCCGGACUAUCAACUAGAUGAUGACGCAGUGAGAAUGAUUGAUGACAGGACAGAUCUGAAUGGCUCAUCACCUGUUACCGUCCCAGGAGAAUCUAUCCGAAGGCCUGCGUAUUCAAUCAAUACAGCCAUUUUUCCACCGUCCCCACAAAUUCAAGCGCAACUGCAUACAAAUGAUUCUCCCAAUCCAACAAUAUCUAGUGAAGGUGCUCCAACAAGUCCUAAUUCUCUGACUACGCAAAGCACUGGUAGAUACUAUGUUGACGGGCAUGGUUCGAGAUUACCCCGUAUUCGAAAAGCUCCAUCCGAGACUGCCAACUCAUGUCCAUCAAUAUCACACCCCUCGGUUGACGAUUUGAACGGAAGAUUUGCUUUUCCAGUUGAUGAUACUAAUGACCAUUCCUCGGAUUAUAGACAGUUACCACACGAAAUCUACAGCAUUAUUCAGGAUGCAUUCGAAAAAACAUGCAUCGAGAACUCGCCAUAUUUUACGCCAUUCCAAUACACACGAUUCCCAUCUUUGUACACACUGAGCCGCUUUAUAGCUCACUAUAUUGACUCUUUCCAUCAAACAUUACCAUUUCUUCACCUGCCAUCUUUCAAUAUUUCGGCUUCUCACUGGCUUUUUCUUUUAGCUAUGGCGGCUGUAGGAAGUCAUUACCAUGGUAAUGGAAACCACGCAAAACCCAUGCAUGAAUUUCUUCGACGUGCAAUCAUGUCAGUCAGCAAUGAUGGGGAUUCGAGAUGUACGAAGGUAAUGAUGAUACAAAUUAAACUUCUAAACUGUGUAGGUAUGAUGUAUUGCGGUAGUGAUGAGUUAUCACACGCAGCGAGAUCAUAUCAUAGGGAUCUUAACGAUUUCUGUUGUAAUGAAUGGAAAACUUCGAAUCAAAUACCGAGAAUUGCAGUGUCGCAGACAAGUCCAAAUGAUACGGAACAGGCUAAUAGAGAAUGGAAAGAAUGUUCGGUAUUCUUACCAUGCCAGGAAGUUUUAUGGGAAGCAGAAUCAGCAAUUGAAUGGCAACAACUUCUCAGCUGUUCUUCAUCAAGCUCUACCCUCCAGAACGCCCUCCAGCGCAUGUACACCGAAAAACGACUGCUAUCCUCCACAGGUGAAUUUUCUCGUAUCCUUCUGAUCCAUGGUCUUUUCCGACGCACCUGGGAAGUUUCAAACUACCUAUCACAACCCCUUACCCAAUGGACUCCUACAGUCUCAAAACUAUCCUUCCCGCACACUACCUCGAAUCAUCCCAUCUGGCUACCAGGCAUCCAAACAUAUACAAAUUGGCGCAAUUCCGCCUGCGAUUGCUUGGAUAUAUUACACUGGCAUGCAAAUAGCGUCAUUGGAGCUGCAAGCGGCAUGGAACACCCCACCGUUCUACACCUACACUUAGCGAGGGUGGUGCUCCUCACGCCCUUUCUACACAUUGUGAAACUUGCAGAGUAUCUCGCCUCUGCACACACCACUCGAAACCCGAAUCUGGGAGAUGCAGAUCGGGAGAAUGAGAGAGAAAGAGAGAUACUUCAAGCACGCGAUUAUGUCAAGAGAUGGGCAACGGAAGAUCAGCAUAAAGCACGUUUGGCAAUUAUUCACGCAGGCGCGCUUUUUUGGCAUGUGCGAAGAUUUAGUAUCGAUGCGUUUUAUGAGGCUGAGGCGGUUUAUCUCGCGACGUUGGCGCUUUGGGCUUAUGGCCUAUUUGCGGAGUGUAAGGGGGGUGUUUAUCAUAGAGAGAGGGAUGGGGAGAGAUAUGGUAGUGCGAGAGAUGCAUCCGAGAACGGAGAUGAGGGAACAUCAAAGGAGAGAGAAAAAGGAAGGGAGGAAGACUCGGAAGAAGAAGAACAAUUCUAUCAUCCCUAUCCCAGCACGAUGCAACUCGAUCGACCGGCAGAUGACGAGCUCGUCCAGCUUUUUGUGAAGAGGGGACAGGGGAUGCGAGCGCUGGUUAUGGGGGUGGGAAAUUUGUGUGCGAGGGAUGGGAAGGGGGCGAGGAGGAUGUUGGGGGAGGGGAGGAAAGUUUUGGAUGGGCUGGGAGCGGAGAGGUGGGGGGUUGCUGGGAGGUUGGGGGAGAAAUUGAGGAGGAUGAAGGGGGGAGGGGGGGUGGAAUGGGAUGGGAGGGAUGGGAGGGAUGUAUGA